GCGGGCUCCCCGGGAGGGCCCUCGCGGCGCUGGGCACAGUCCCUAAGCCGCUCGCCUCGCCCGGAGCGCAGCGCCGGUAGCCAUGAGCCACCUCUUCAGUCCCCAGCUGCCUGCCCUGGGCGCCUCGCCCAUGCUCUAUCUGUAUGGCCCCGAGAGACCCGGGCUACCUCUGGCCUUCACCCCCGCUGCGGCUCUGGGUGCGUCGAGCCGCGCCGAGCCCCCCCAGAAGCCGCCCUACAGCUACAUCGCGCUCAUAGCCAUGGCGAUCCAGGACGCGCCGGAGCAGAGGGUCACCCUCAACGGCAUCUACCAGUUCAUCAUGGACCGCUUCCCCUUCUACCGCGACAACAGGCAGGGUUGGCAGAACAGCAUCCGCCACAACCUCUCGCUCAACGAGUGCUUCGUCAAGGUGCCGCGGGAGAAGGGGCGGCCAGGCAAGGGCAGCUACUGGACGCUGGACCCUCGCUGCCUGGACAUGUUUGAGAGCGGUAACUACCGCCGCCGCAAGAGAAAGCCCAAGCCGGGCCCCGGAGCCCCGGAGGCCAAGCGAGUCCGCGCUGAGUCCCACGAGAGCGGCACGGACGCGCAGCCCGAGGCGGGCAGCGGGGCAGGAGGCUCGGGCCCGGCGAUGCCCCGCCACGAGGGAGCGCACGCGCGCCCCUCACCCCUCCCGGAAGGCCCCUCUCCGCCCGCGCCCCUCUGCUGGCCCGGGCCUGAGUCCGCAGACGAGGUUGCGGGUGACCCUGCCCAGCGCGCAGCGGCGGCGGAGGUCCGCCCGCCAGCGCGCACUCUGGAGGGCACGGUGGACGGCGCGGGGUCCCCUCUGCGCCCUGCCUCCCGCGGCUCCCCGAAGAGCUCCUCCGACAAGUCCAAGAGCUUCAGCAUAGACAGCAUCCUGGCGGGAAGGCAAGGCCAGAAGCCGGCCGGAGGGGACCCAGUCCCGGGGGGCGCCAAGCCGGGGACCAGCAGCUGUCUGGGCGCCUCGCUUCUGGCUGCCUCCUCCAGCCUCUGCCCGCCUUUCAACGCUUCCCUGAUGCUCGACCCGCACGUCCAGGGCCGCUUUUACCAGUUGGGAAUCCCAUUCUUCUCUUACUUUCCCCUGCAGCUCCCCGACAGGGUGCUCCACUUCCAGUGA